CUUAACUCAUAGUUUCCAUAGAAACCAGCCCAGAUUUGAGGACUGGUUGAAGGCUACGUAAAUUUGGACACCAACUGAUUUCCUCCUGUCCAAUUUUGAAUUGAAGAACGAAUCGAAGCCUUUAUUGCGAAACAGUGCACGGGAGUAAUUUACUUCCGGGUCUGGUGUUUUGUUUUGGUGUCUUUAAAAACAGGGGGAAAAAAGAUCGAUCCAAUGUUGUGAUAGGAUGAGCGACGAGCACUACUUGGAACUUUGUGACAAUCUUGUCCACUUUGAAAACGCUUCGAGCGUCAACAAUGUUUUCUUCGAUGAAGCCAACAAACAGGUGUUCGCGGUUCGUUCAGGGGGCGCCACGGGUGUGGUCGUCAAAGGUCCGGACGACAAGAGUUCGGUUGCCUUCAGGAUGGAGGACAAAGGUGAAGUCAAGUGCAUCAAAUUCUCCAUUGGGAACAAAAUCCUGGCUGUGCAAAGAACGUCAAAGUCCGUGGACUUCAUCAAUUUCAUCCCCGACUACCCGCACACGGAGUUCACGCAUGAGUGCAAGAUGAAGAACGCAAACCUUCUGGGCUUCUGCUGGACCAGCUGGAACGAGAUUGUCUUUGUCAGCGACCAGGGCAUUGAGUUCUACCAGGUGUUUCCCGACAAACGCACCGUCAAACUGCUCAAGAGUCACAGCCUCAACGUCAACUGGUACCAGUACUGCCCUGACACCGCCGUUAUGCUGCUGUCCACCACCGUGCAGGCCAACGUCCUGCAGCCCUUCGCCUUUCGGGGUGGGAGUGUGUCCAAGAUGUCCAAAUUUGAAAUCGAGUUGCCUGUUGUCCCAAAACCAGCCAAACUCAGCCUGUCUGAGAGGGAUGUUGCCAUGGCGACCAUUUAUGGUCAGUUGUACGUGAUGUACCUGAAGCAUCACUCCAGGAGCGCCAACAGUCCCAGCGCUGAGGUGGUGCUCUACCACUUACCAAGGGAGGGUGUGUGCAAGAAGACACACGUGUUAAAAUUGGACACAACCGGAAAAUUUGCUCUCAACAUUGUGGAUAACCUGGUGGUGGUCCAUCAUCAGAGCUCUCAGACGUCACUGAUGUUCGACAUCAAGUUGAAGGAGUCCGACGGCGCCGUCAGCACGCAUCGGCCUGUGCUUCCUGCUCGUUCCAUACAGCCUUGUCGUGUCCCGCUUUCAGGUCCAGCAGUGGUUCCGUCACAACUUCCUGUCCCGUGUCAGUUGUACUCGUCUUCAUGGAGUGUCUUCCAGCCUGAUAUCAUCAUCAGCGCCAGUGAAGGUUACCUGUGGUAUCUCCGCGUCAAGUUAAGUCCGACAGUCAACAUGCUCCAGGACAAAAGUAAGCUGAUGGACUUCCUGUUGCGCCGCAGCGACUGCAAGAUGGUCAUCCUGUCCGUCUGCUCUCAACUGGUGGAUAGCGAUCAGCGAGCAAGUCUCCCCGUGGUGGCGAGCGUCUUCGACAAACUCAAUCAGGUGUACAAGGAGUUCUUGGAGGCGGAGCAAAGCUACAGUGCGGCCGUGGAGGCGGGGCCCACGCGCGGCGGGAUUGUUCACAAGCGACCAGUCAGAAGCCAGGCGGUCAUCGACCAAUCGGACAUGUACACGCACGUCCUGUCGACCUUCACCGAGAGGAAGGGCGCCUCCCACAAGUUGACCAUCGCCGUGUUGAUGGAGUACAUUCGCUCGCUCAACCACUUCCAGAUCGCCGUGCAGCAUUACUUGUACGAGUUGGUCAUCAAGACGCUGGUGCAGCACAACCUCUUCUAUAUGUUGCAUCAGUUCCUGCAGUAUCACGUCCUCACCGACUCCAAACCGCUGGCGUGUUUGCUUCUGUCCUUGGAGAGCACCUACCCGCCCGCUCAUCAGCUAUCCCUCGACAUGUUGAAGCGUCUGUCGACGGCCAAUGAUGAGAUUGUGGAGGUUCUGCUGUCCAAGCAGCAGGUUCUGGGCGCUCUCAGAUUCAUCCGCAGCGUCGGCGCUCACGACAACAUGUCCGCCCGAAAGUUUCUGGACGCCGCUCGUCAGACAGGAGACGACAUGUUGUUCUUCACCGUAUUCAGGUCAUUCCAGCAGAGGAACCAGCGCCUCAGGGGAAACCCGGCAUUCAACCCCGGCGAGCAUUGCGAGGAGCACGUGCUUCACUUCACGCAAGUGUUUGGGGACCAGGCGUUGAUGAAAGCGGCCACCGCCUGACUACCAUCAAUGUAAAUAAUUCUUCAAUGUAAGCAAUCGGUCACAUGAAAUAAAAUAUCAAUGUUAACAAUCCUUC